UAGCGCGAGAACGCGCAGGGCGGCGCGGGUCCGGGUAUGAAGCUGGGCCGGGCGGCACUGGGCCUGCUGCUGCUGGCGCCGUUGGCGGUGCGGGCGGUGGAACCCAUCAGCCUGGGACUGGCCCUGGCUGGCGUCCUCACCGGCUACAUCUACCCGCGUCUCUACUGCCUCUUCACGGAGUGCUGCGGCCAGAAGCGGAGUCUCAGCCGGGAGGCGCUGCAGAAGGAUCUGGACAGCAAGCUCUUUGGACAGCAUCUUGCAAAGAAAGUCAUCUUAAAUGCUGUGUUCGGCUUCAUAAGCAACCCGAAGCCGAAGAAACCUCUCACCCUCUCUCUGCACGGGUGGACAGGCACGGGCAAGAAUUUUGUCAGCAAGAUCAUCGCGGAGAAUAUUUACGAGGGUGGUCUGAACAGUGACUAUGUCCAUCUGUUCGUGGCCACGUUGCACUUUCCACAUGCCUCCAACAUCACCCUGUAUAAGGACCAGUUACAGUUGUGGAUCCGCGGCAACGUGAGCGCCUGUGCGAGGUCCAUCUUCAUAUUCGAUGAGAUGGACAAGAUGCACGCCGGCCUCAUAGAUGCCAUCAAGCCCUUCCUAGACUAUUACGACCACGUGGAUGGGGUCUCCUACCAGAAAGCCAUCUUCAUAUUUCUCAGCAAUGCCGGAGCAGAAAGGAUCACAGAUGUGGCUUUAGAUUUCUGGAGAAAUGGGAAGCAGAGGGAGGAGAUCAAGCUCAAAGACAUGGAGCCAGCCUUGUCCGUGUCGGCCUUCAAUAACAAGAACAUAACCUCGUGGGGUAGAAACUGUCAUCGUUUCUACGAUGGAGGACAUGGAGGCUCAAGGGGAGCUGCUUGCCCAAGGCCACCCAGCCUGUUCGGUGUCCCUGGUCCCAGAGCCUGAGCUUUUAACUGCCCAGCUCAUGGGUUUUCCAGUGAACUCAGAUCAGACACCUUUGACCUUGAACCCAUGGCGGUGGGAACUCCCCAUGACGCAGAAUGACUCAACAGGUAACCUGGGAGCCAUGUGGGCUGACUGUUACCAUUUAAAUCUGCUCCAUUCAGGUUUCUUCUUGGGCUUAGAAAACAAAUGUUCUCCUUUGAUACAGGAAUUCAUCCUCCUGCAGAGAUACGUGAAACAGUAUGGGGUGUUGUAUAUCCGUUUGUGUAGCCGGACUAUUACUGAUGAAAGCCAGGAUAUUUUGUAAUCGGUUAGAUGGUUCCUUGGCACGCCAAACAGUAUGAACACAUGCACUGGAAACCAUAGCCUAAAUGCUUCAGCAAGGUGAGGCUUGUUGCCUAGAACCCAUGUUCUGGGAGGUUCCACAGGGUUCCAGAGUAUAAGCUUCAGAAUCAGGUGGACCUGGCUCAGCCAUUGACUGACUGCGGCCUCGGCAGUUCAUUCAUUCAUUCAUUCAUUCAUUCACUCAUUCCACAAGUGUUUACUGAGCACCUACUAGGUGGCAGGCACUGGUCCAAAAACUGGGGACAUAGCAGUGAACAAAAGCAAAUCCUUAUCCUCAUGGAGUUUACAUCUUAUUGAUAAUAAAUAAGUAAGGAAAUGGGUCCGUUGAUGGAUAUCUGUAUCUACGUAGAGGUGUAGAGGUCUAUCUUCCUGUCCGGUAGGUAAAAAGGCAGUCAAUUCGAGGGUUUGGGGGUGCUGGAGUGAGGAUGGGCUGCAGUUUUAUAUAGAGUGAUCAGGGAUGGCUCACUGCGAGGGUAACAUUUGAGCUGAUCCGAGGACUGAGGGAGUGAGCCAUGUGGAUACCACAGGGAAUAGCAUUCCGUCAGGGAACAGCACAUGCAGGAGCAUUGAGGGGGGGUUGCCUAGGGUCACUGUGGCGCCGAGGAACAAAGGAGAAAGGGGUUGGGUAAGAGGCAAGACUUAUACUGGGGGUGCUGGUCAUGGAAGGCCUAGAGGGCCAUAGGGAAGCUUUGGGUUUAACUUCAAAUGGAGGACGGAGCCCCUGGAGUGUUUUGAGCAAACAGUGACAUGACCGGACUUGGUUUUAACAGGACGACGCUGGCUGCUGGGGGUGGGUGGGGACUAGACUGAAGGCAGCAGGGGCAGGGACACAGGCAGGAGCUGUGCAGCAGCCUAGCCUACAGAUGCUGGUGGCCCAGCCCCCCAUGCUAGUCGUGGGACCGGGUGACACGGUGGGAUGAGGAUGCAUUUUGAAGGGAGAAAUCUACAGAAGGUAGGAUAAGAUCUCCUAGAGGAUCGGCGUGGGAAUGAGAGAGGACCAAUUCAGCGGUCUGGCUUGAGCUGCAGAAGGGCGGUACUGCCAUCUCGGGGGACAGACGGCGGAGUUGCGAGUUGGUGGGGCUGGGUGAGAGAUGGAGGCAGGCGUGGACAGUGGGCGAGGCACCCCUGUAGAGAUGCGGGGCAGAUGGCUGGCCGUUCAGUGGGCUUCUGGUGGGGCGCUUGGGCUGAGGGUACAAACUGGGGAGUGGUCCAUAGAUGGUUUUUCCAGAGACUGUCUGAGAUCAUUGUUUCGCCUAACACUCUCCCUGUGGUCGGGUUCUUGUCGUGCUGGCGCUGCCCAGAGGUCACCUCCUGAGCCAGGCCGCGUCUGCCCACUCUGGCCAAGGAGCCUCUCCUCCUUGGCCACUCACCCCAUCUCAGUGCUCACAGCCCCGGGCACUAUCUGAAAUUACCUGUGUGCUGGCUUGUCGGGCUGUGACCCCCUGAGGCCAGCGUCCACACCUGCUGGCUCCAUGCUCUCUCCCCAGGGCCUGGGGCUUGCCCGACACAGAGCAGACCUUCAGGAAACAGGCUAUCCCCCUUGUUACUGCUUGGCCAUUAGUUUUGUUCUUCCCCGCAGCCACGGCCAGACUCCACCCCAUCCAGGCAGUGAGGUCUUUACUGAGCACCAGUUAUGUGCAAAGCACUGCUGGGAAAGGAAAGCGGACGCUCCCGUUAGGAUUUCUAAAGAGAACUAUGUAUUCGCUCUUUGUCCCCGUUUCUGGCACAGAUCUAAAACACUCAGGAUUUCCUAAGUGACAAGAGCCACAAAGGUGUCUUGAUAUUCAUAACAAACCCGUUAACCACACCUGAGUUUGUGUUAAUAAGGGGCCUUUGGAGAAUCAUCUAAAGGGCAUAGUCUGGUUUCCAGGGGAACCAACCAGGUGAUGGGAGGGUUGGAACUUUCAGUCCCAUCCCCUGACUGCCGGGGAGAGGACGGGGGCUGGAGGUGGAAUCAGUCGCCAGUGGCCAGUGAUUUGAUCAGUCACGCCUAUGGAACGAAACUCCCGUAAGAACCCAGAAGGAUGGAGUUCAGAGAGCUUCCAGGUUGAACACAUGGAGCGUGGGGAGAGUGGUCCUCUGGGAGGGGGCCUGGAAGUGUCACGUCCUUCCUGCAUUCCCUGCCCUGUGCGUCUCUUCCAUCUGGCUGUUCCUGAGUGCCGUCCUUUAACUGAGCAGAAUUGUAGCACGCCCAGCUGGUGUUGGAGGAUUGCUUGGUGGUGUGGGAAAAAAGCCACACACGUCGGAAUUGGUGUCAGAGUGAGGCCAGGAUUGAGGCCCCAGAGUAAAGCGGCAAAGCGUAAGGGAAGACGGUCACCUCUGGGUGCACGGUCGUCAGGAGGGAGCGUGUGCUGGGUCCUCCUGGGAAUCCAGGAGGGGACGUAACUGGGUCACAGGGUGGGUGCCGAGCCAGCACUCGUCGCCGCUGAAAACACACAGCAAAGGCUGUGCCCUGGGGCCGCACCAGAGCGCCGUCUUCACACAGCAUCGCUCUGAGGUUCAGUUCCUGGUCCCUCAGUGUGCGCUGUGUGGUUUGGACGUGCGGGCAGCGCUGGUGGGUUUCUGCCCUGUUGCUGAUCCAGCUGCUGCAAGUCCAGUGCGUCCCAAGUAAGGGAGCGGCGGUUCCUUCCCUGGGGCCUCCUCUCUCCUUGCACUUUCUUUGAAGCUCUGCCAGCCUGGAAUGCUGGUCCGCGCCGCACCCCUCUCCGCCUCUGUGGGUACCCGGCACUCGGGGCUGGUCCACGUCUCUCCCGCUUCGCAUCUGUAGGUCCAUCUGGGAGGCCUCCCCUGUGCCCAAGGCCUAAGGAAGGUGCCACAUGUCCUGUGCUUGGCUUUCGCGGAGGCAUUGAGCUCCCGGGUUACACCUGACUCACUGGAUUGUGGGCUCCACCUCCGGGUCUGGCCCCCAGUGGACACCCAGUGGAUGUGUGUUGGAUGGAUGAACAACACCUUUUUCUUUU